AUGGACCAUACUAACAUAAAUCAUAGUAUCGAAAACAAUUAUCAACAAUCUGUCAACAAGCUGACUCCCCUUCAAGAACCAGCUGACCACACUAAAAGACCUAUCUCAUCAUACGCCAGCACCAGCGACACCGACAAUGCAUCCACCACUGAGAACCCUAUAAACACGUCAUCAACAACACCUACGGAAACUCAAAACCAUCAAACCAAUAAUAGCAUCCUCACAACAAAGCUAUUAGAAUCCCAAUCCAACGAAAAAAAAAAAACAAAUGCAGGAAUAACACAUAAUACACCCCUAACACCAAUUAAGAGCACAAUUAUAAGCAAGCCUACCACCGAAAAAUCCAAGAAAAAUCCCCAACCCGCCAACAAAAAAAUUAAACGCUCCAACUCCAUAGAACUAAUAGUAGCUAAACUGGACGAAACACUAGCCCCAGCCAUAACUGUUUUUGAAGGAAUCCCCAACCGUAAAAUAGACUUCAAUCAGCUCAAAUACAUUAUUGAAAACUCCCUCAGCGUGGAUCAUCCCUCUAAUAUUCUAAACCAAUUUAACAUAACCCCGAUGGAAAUGAUUGAAAUAUUAGACACGAUUCGUCCGAAAAUAAAAAACCUCUCGAUUAAAAACAGGCUCACGAGACUAUGUAACUCAUAUCUCGAGUCAUUAUGA